AUGGCCCAAAAAGGAGACUAUCUAUUGCAGCGCCCUCUCUAUGUGUUUGAUCUUCCCGAAGAGCUAUUGGCCACACUCACUCUCAAGGACCAGCCUGAGCAGCCAUUAGAAGAGAUACAGAUUCCAACACCUGUGGCGGCGAGCGACUCUCCCGAUACCGCCGAAGACGAGAGCAGCAGCCCGGCAAAGGCCACAUCGUGCAACCUCUGUGGGCUCAGCUUCGCAUCCCUUGCAGACCAGCGCGCCCACGUCCGAUCCGACCUUCAUGGGUACAACCUGAAGCAAAAGAUAAAAGGUGCAAAGCCUGUAAGCGAGGCCGAGUUCGAGAAGCUCAUCGGAGAUCUGGAUGAGAGCAUAUCAGGGUCUGAGUCAUCGGAAUCCGACGACGAUGAAGAUGAAGAAGGGGCGAAGACAAAGGACUCGACAUUAAGCGUACUCUUGAAGAAGCAGGCCAAGAUUUCGGAUCCGGAGUUCGAGGAAUUUGCCUCAAGGAAGAAGCAGAGAGGUUCCGGCAAGCCUCCGCUAAUAUGGUUCUCGUCACCCUCAAUACCCGAAAAUAUGUCGCUGGGCGUCUAUCGCGCGAUCUUCUCGAAUGCGGAGCAGGAGGACGAGUCACAUAUCCUAGACACUAUACGCGCAAAGCAGCUAUCCCCGAAUCAACCUCUCAAGAUCAAGGCGAAUGAGGGUGGUGUCCCACUACCAGGCACAGACAUUGGGCCGCAUUAUUUUCUCUGUAUGAUAGGCGGUGGCCAUUUCGCUGCAAUGAUAGUGGCGCUGGCACCGAAGACAGGGAAGAAUCACACUGGAUUCGACGAGCGUUCGGCAACUGUAAUUGCGCAUAAGACCUUCCACAGAUACACUACACGACGGAAACAGGGAGGUUCGCAAUCAGCGAACGAUAACGCAAAGGGCAACGCACACUCGGCCGGUUCAUCCAUUCGUCGCUAUAACGAGACCGCACUCAUCGCCGAAGUCCGCGAGCUACUCUCUAGCUGGAAAAGCAUGAUCGAUACUGCAGAAUUGGUAUUUGUCCGCGCGACCGGCGCGACGAACCGAAGGACUCUGUUUGGUCCGUAUGAAGGACAGGUCCUGCGUCACAAUGACCCACGCAACCGAGGCUUUCCCUUCAGUACACGGCGAGCGACUCAGAAAGAGCUGAUGCGUGCAUUUGUUGAGCUUACUCGAGUAAAACAGAGUACCAUUGAUGAAGCAGCGCUUGCUGCUCUUAAUAAUUCUCAGAAGGAAGCUGCGGCCACCGCACCCGCUCCAGCGAAACCCAAGCCCAAGAGGUUGACGAAGGAAGAAGAGGCUGCGACAUUACACACGUCCCAGGUUAUACCGAUAAUCAAGCGUUCGAAAGUUCCUGCGCUUCUCAACUACCUCAAGACGAAUGAAGUUUCACCAAACUUCCAGUUCCUCCCGACCAACCAUCACACACCGACACCACUACAUCUUGCUGCAUCCCUAAAUUCUGCUCCUAUCAUCCUCGCGCUCCUAACGAAGGCCGGUGCCGAUCCGACUGUGAUGAAUGAUGAAGCGCGAACUCCUUUCACGCUGACUGGUGACCGUGCAGCUCGUGACGCAUUUCGCGUCGCACGCUCGGAGCUCGGAGAGUCUGCCUGGGACUGGGAGAAGGCCGGUAUACCUGCAGCCAUCACCAAAGCCGAGGCCGACAAGCGAGACGCUCAAGAGAAGACCGAGAAGGCUGCUGAGAGUAAGGCUGAAGCUGAUCGACGGAAGGCUGAGACCGAACGUGUGCGGAAAGAGAGUGAGGCCGAGGAAAUCAGGAAAAAGGAGCAGAGGUUGGGCAAGGGCAAGUCGUUGGGUGCACUACCUGUCAAGACUGGAGCAGACUUGAGAGAGGAAGAGAUGAGGGGGCUAACGCCAGAAGCAAGAGCUAGGAUGGAGAGAGAACGGCGUGCUAGGGCUGCUGAAGAAAGACUGAAGCGGAUGCAACGUUGA